AUGGUUAGUGCUACUAAUACAGUAAAUUCAGGUGUAUCACCAAACCCAGCAGCUCUGAUCCAAGUUGAAAGAGCGGCAUCCAAGUUUGACCCAAAGGAAAUGCACUAUUUCUUAGAAGGAAAUAAGGAAAGAGCAGAAAAGUUCAAGCAAAUGAUGCAACAAAUGGAAAGAGAUCCUAUCUUAGCCGCUAACUUUCAAUACUACGAUUUGACCAAGGAACAACAGCGUGAAUUGACAGCCUUGAGAAUCGACCGUUUGACCAGAUAUAUUGAAAACGAAAGUUUUGAUGACUUCAACAAGAGAAUGUCUCUUAUGGGAGUUUUCGACCCACAAUUAUCCACCAGACUUGGUAUUAACUUGGGUUUAUUCGUAUCAUGUCUUAGAGGUAACGGUACUGCUGAGCAAGUCAAGUACUGGGCCAUGGAUAAGUCAGCUGUGUAUAUGAGAGGUAUCUACGGUUGUUUCGGUAUGACCGAAUUGGCGCACGGUUCUAACGUUGCUGGUUUAGAAACCACAGCUACUUUUGACGAAGAAAACGACGAAUUCAUCAUCAACACCCCACACAUCGGUGCCACCAAAUGGUGGAUUGGUGGUGCCGCACAUUCUGCUACCCACUGUUCUGUUUAUGCUAGAUUGAUUGUCGGUGGUGAAGACUACGGUGUCAAGACUUUCGUCGUCCCUAUAAGAGAUUCGAACCAUGAUCCAAUGCCAGGUGUCACUCUUGGUGAUAUUGGUGCUAAGAUGGGUAGAGAUGGUAUCGAUAACGGUUGGAUCCAAUUCUCCAGCGUUAGAAUCCCAAGAUAUUUCAUGUUACAAAAGUUCUGUAAGGUUUCCAGCAGUGGUGAAGUUCAAUUGCCACCAUUAGAACAAUUGUCGUACUCUGCUUUGUUAGGUGGUAGGGUCAUGAUGGUUCUUGACUCUUUCAGAGUUGCUGCCAGAUUCACUACUAUUUCUUUAAGAUACGCAAUUGGCAGAAGACAAUUCAAGGCUAGUUCUGCUGCAGGAGAAGAGAAUGCCUUGGAAUGUCAAUUACUUGAUUAUCCAUUACAUCAACGUCGUUUAUUGCCAUACUUGGCUUUAUCUUACAUUAUCUCUGCCAGUGCCCUCAAGAUCGAAACCGCUAUUGAAUCAACUCUUGAUAAUUUAGACAAGGCUGUGGAAUCUAAUGAUAUGGGUGCUAUCAUGAAGUCUAUUGACAGUAUGAAAUCAUUAUUCGUUGACUCCGGUUCCUUAAAGUCCACUUGUACUUGGUUAGCUGCUGAAGUUAUUGAUCAAUGUAGACAAGCCUGUGGUGGUCACGGUUACUCUGCUUACAAUGGUUUCGGUAAGGCAUAUAAUGACUGGGUUGUUAUGUGUACUUGGGAAGGUGACAAUAAUGUUUUGGCCAUGUCUGUUGGUAAGCCACUCAUCAAGCAGAUCCUCUCUGUUCUUGAUGGUAAGAAGGUCAAGGGUUCUGCAUCUUUCUUAAAUAACACUAAGCAAUACUUGAAUGAUGAACCAGUAUUAAAGAGUCUUGAAGACUUGAAGGAUCUUAAGAAGGUCUUACAAGCUAUUGAAGUAGCCAUUAUUAGAACUGGUUAUCAAGCAUCCCAGACCUUGAAGCAAAACAAUGGUGACUUCGAUACCAUUGGUGCUGAAAUGGUCACUCUUUCUAAGUUGAAGGCCCACCACUACAUGUUAAAUGAAUUCUUAGACAGAAUUGGCUCAAUUGAAUCUAAGCAAUUGGUUCCUUAUUUGGAAUCUUUAGCUAGAUUAUACUCUGCAACUAUCGUGUUAGAAAAGUUUGCUGGUGAUUUCUUAGCACAAAGUGUUUUCCCACCAAAAUUGAAUGCUGAAUUGAAUUCUAAAUACAUUCCACAAUUAUGUAAAGAAAUCAGACCUCAUGUCAUUCCAUUAACCGAUUCUUUCCAACAAUCUGACAUGAUGAUUAACUCUGCUAUUGGUGGUUACGAUGGUAACAUCUAUGAAAACUACUUCGAUGUUGUUAAGACCAAUAAUCCACCUUCUAAGACUAAAGCUCCAUAUUCCGGUGCUUUGGAGGCUAUGUUGAACAGACCUUCCAAGGAAGAAAGAGAAAGAUUCGAAAAAACCGCUGAAACUGCCGAAAUCUUGUCCAAAUAA